UAGCGCGCCUCCGUGACGUCACUCGCUUUGGAGGCGGGCUCAGCAAGCGGCGCUCCACCGCCAUUGGUCGGGAGCCCUGCAGUAACCAGGGGAACUGCAAACAGUGUAGGGGCAGCUUCCGGUUCGAGCACCCGUAACCGCCGUAACCGCCGCCUUUAAGGAUGGACGGUCAGAGCCUGCGAAAGGCUGAGAGAGGCCGGUCCUGCUCCCAGAAGAAAAAGAAGGGUUACACUAAGGACAUGGUGACAGACUUUGAUGAGAAACAUGAUGAGUAUUUAAUAUCGCUUCAGCAGAGAAACCGGGUGCUGAAGCAUUUGAAAGCCAAGGACCCCAUGCAGCUACACCUGGAGCACUUGGAACAAGGGUUCUCUGUCUUUGUCAACAGGGCCAAUUCGGAACAGAAGCCAUCGCCUCGGAAGGCCGUGCGCUCCGACUUCUCCAGGAGGGCCUCGCACGCCGAGGGGACCCACGAUUGCACACGAAGAACCCUGCUUCGAAAAGCCGAAGAUGCCUUGCGACACGGUUCACAGACGGCCCCUAGCAGAGUGCAGCGCCGAAGAUGGCACCAGACAUCGGUGCAGAUCCUAACAGAAGCUGGCUCGAGGCUCCACAUCGAACCCCCCGUGUACUACUCGGAUGAUUUUGAGUCGUCUGAGGAUGACGAUGCCAAGACCAUGGAUGUUUCUGGGGAUCGUCCACAGGAGCUGAGAAGAAGCCUGGAACUCAGUGCAUAUGCACAGAGGAGACAGGGGGAUUGUCCCAGCGACGACUAUGAGUCUAUAGAAGAAGACAUCACCUCUGAGCCCGAGCCUGAGCCCGAGGGCUGUCCUGGAGGUGACUGCCCUCUGUCCACUGGGGACAAGGAUGCUCCUGAGGACCGGGAGGCAGGUGGACGUCCCCCGCAGGGCCCGAACACCCUCAUCGUGCUGGAAUCUAACCCCGCUUCUCAAAGUGAGUUCUGUCUUCCGUGGCAUUUCGUUGCCUGUGGCGUCGCUGGUUCUAGCAGGAGGGCUUCGGCUUGCAACGCUGUUUUGAGUUGCGCUUCCAGGGUGGAGUUGUCCAUCAGGUCCCUGUUGACUAUGGAAGGAAGACUCCUGGAUGCUUCCUGAGGCGCCUGAAACUCCAGGUGGCAAAUGUAUGGCGAGUACUCGCGGGCGCCGUCCCAAGCCUUGGAGGGAGUGUGGCCGUGUCUCCCUUCCAGUUGGCUCACGCCGGGAAGUUAAGCCAAGGGGACUGUUGCUGGCUCAGAUGACAGUAGGGCUCGUUUCUCU